CAGCGUGCUUAGAGUGGCUUUCUUCCGGUCCUUCUUUGAGUUUGUAGGCUGUUUUAUCUGCAGUUUUAAUCAGAAGACAGAAAUGGCUUGGGUAGCUGCUGGAUCGAUAAUGGUGCCAGAUUGGCACAGAAACCCUGAAAGCCGGGAAUUUUUCAACAAGAUUUUGCACAAGAAAAAGAGGAGAAAGUUCGGUCUUUUGGAAGCACCGGUGAUGUCUCCACAUUUGAAAGCAGACAUAGUUCACUAUAAAGUGUUCCUGUCAGGUAAAAGUGGAGUGGGGAAAACGACACUAGCUGCUCGCCUUGCUGGUUUAGACAUGCCCAACGUACACUAUGAAACCUCAGGCAUGGAGACGUGUGCAUUGUUUUGGCCUGUGAAGCUGAGGGACGGUGGCCGCGUUCUUUUCUUUCAUUUUCAGCUAUGGGACUGCGGUGAGAAUGCCAUGCGAAGAUUCGACCACAUGCUGACGUCCUGUAAAGAACAUGUAGAUGCCAUUCUCUUCCUGUUCUCCUUCACUGAUCGCGGGUCUUUUGAGGAUCUUUCCAAUCAAAUGUCUCGGAUCACAGAGCCAUCAGACAGACUUGUCAGAGUGGUGGUUGGGACCAAAUUUGACUUAUUUAUGCACACAGAUGUAACGGAGAGCGACAUCAUACGUUUUCAGGAAGUAUGGGGUGUGCCAGUGUUUCGUGUUGGAGGCGAUGUGAGCGGAGGCCUUGGUGAAAUUACACCCCUUUUAAAUGCCUUGGCAGAAAACCUAUGGCACCAGGACUGUAUGCACACCUCCACUUCAGUACUGUCUAAUUCGGGACACAUCGGCCCAGAAAUUAUCGUAUGAGCUCACAUUUUUAACAGCACACUGAUUGCCUUCCUGUUAGACUUUGAAUCCAUUAUAAACUUGUAGGGAUUUAAAUCACAGUUAAAAGGCCCUUUACUAUAUUAUUACAUAGUUCCUUCAUACAUGAAUUUGCACUUGUCCAAAAUUGAACAUUAGUAUGUCAAGUGUAAGGGACACCAGUUAAUCAAAUGGCACCAUGCACACACAUUCACACCUAGGGGCAAAUUACUGUAGCCUGUAGCCAUCAUCUGCUAUAUUUUUCUAAAGAUGGAAGAAAACUGGAACACAUAGAGGAAACCCACAUGGUCACAGGGAGAAUAUGCAAAGCUUCGCAGAUGUUAAAGAAUAACUUAGGAAGCCUGGUGAGUGAAGCUCAACCCCAACUGCUUCAGCACUGUGCCCUCAUUAAGUAAUAUUCUUUUUAAAGUAAUUACUGCAAGAUCAUUCUUAGUGAGAAGCUGGAAUUACCUCACUUUCAACCUCCACAUGCUCAAACUACAAAAUGAGAAACAGAGAAAAUCUAUCCAGCUAAUGUUAGUGAUAUGUGUGAUGUAUUCUCUUCUUAAAACAGUCAACUGUAUAGUCAGUGUUAUAGAUUUAACAAAAAAUGUAUCUGUCUGUUAAUUGUUCUGAGGUAAACAGUGAUAUGUACAGUAUUCUCAGUUAAACGUAAAGACUUGCUAGUUGAUGCUGUGAGAAGUCCGGUUGAUUUGAUGUUAUGCUUCCCAACUAGGAAGUAUGAGAUUUCUUUGUUUCCUAGUCAGAUAUCACGAAAAGAUGUUCAAAUUAUGGUUAAUGAUCAAAUUUUAUAGUGCAAUGAAUUAAAUACCUACCUCAACAUAUACUGACGUCUGACCAUGAAGACAAUUAUUGAUGAAUUGGUAUU